GUGACCGGAUGUUGAUACUAGCUCGGAGGAGACGGGAACAGCUGAAAAAGAACAACAAAGCCACGACGACGGCGACGCAAACAACAGCCGUUCCCCCGAAAGACGCUCGGAACAUCGGUGACAUCGCUGCUGGGGGGAUCCACCCGCUGCCAGUAAAACGCAUUCGAGAAGCCUUAGUUCUGUUUCUCCUCGACACAAGACGAUGGGACGCAUCUUCCUGGACCACAUCGGUGGAACGCGCCUCUUCUCCUGUGCCAACUGCGACACCAUCCUGACCAACAGGUCUGAGCUCAUCUCCACCCGCUUCACGGGAGCCACUGGCCGAGCGUUCCUCUUCAACAAGGUGGUGAACCUGCAGUACAGCGAGGUGCAGGACAGGGUGAUGCUCACCGGCCGGCACAUGGUGAGGGACGUCAGCUGCAAGAACUGCAACAGCAAGCUGGGCUGGAUCUACGAGUUCGCCACCGAGGACAGCCAGCGGUACAAGGAGGGACGGGUCAUCCUGGAGAGGGCGCUGGUUAGGGAGAGCGAGGGCUUCGAGGAGCACGUCCCCUCUGACAACUCAUGAGCACGCAGUGAUGGAAUCACGCGUAUGUGAAGACUCGGGCCCGUGUUCCUUCGCUCUCCUUUACCCUUUGACCUCUGCUGCACAUUUCCACCUGCAGAUCUAAUGGUCAGUGACGGUGUGGCUUCACCUCGCGUACCCGCCCUGUUCUUGGCCUACGACUCUAGCCCUCAUUUGAUUAGAAUAUUGGUUUGCUGGAUCUAAUCUUGCUGAAGCAAUACCUGCUGAUUUAUGUAUCACAGCCCCCAACAAACACAGAAAACAGCCGGGGACACAGAUAGGGAGAUGUAACUUCACUACAAGUGUUCUUGCACGAUUCCGUAUCACCAUCAGUGCACAAGGCAUGCGCCACACUCAUGUUGUCAUGUUGUGAUUACACUUGCACGAUAAUAGAAAUGCUCAGUCACACCUUUUUUUUAGCUGGGUAAUCAGCAAAAAGGAGCUUAUUCAUCAUCAAGCAUGGGCAAACCACCUGACCCCACUAAUCUGCCUCUGAGAACAGCCUGUUGGAUGGCUCAGUGGAGGUGUCAGUCUCCGUAUUUCCUUUGUGUGGCCCGUGUUUCUGUGUUGUGAAUGUUAUCUCGGCGUAUGUGUCACUGGUGAAUGAAUGCAAUUAAGACCAUAACAGUGGUUGUCUUUAAUUAGUUGUAAAGAACUGUGCUGGUGCUUAGGUUGUCAUCCAAAUGAAAGCAUGACGACUGCACAGACUGAUGUCACAUUUAGGUGUUUAUUCGUGUGUUUGGUGGUAAUAACCAUAUCAUUUCAAUCUAUUUGCAUUUAAUUUGAUUGAGGUGAUGGUUUUCUCUAAUUUGUAUACAAAGUGUCCCAUUGAAGGUCAUAAUGUAGAAUGAACACUUAGACAAUCACACAGAUUUAUUCACCUCUACCAUUCAGCAUCCAGUACCAUAAGAUUCUGUGCCUGUGUGACGGGGCUACGUCACUCUGGUGACUUAUCAGGAGAACGUUCCCUCCAGCCAAAGAGGAGGAAUGUGUGUCAGCUGUGACGGAGCUGCUCUCUGCCUGCUGGUUGUUAUGAGGAGCUAGGUCAUAUAAGCAUUUGAAAUUAGCUGGGAGACACGGCCUCAGAACUCCAUAAGGACUCGGCAAAUACUAUUUGGAAACAACAGCAAACCCAAAAUGUGGUUCAAACAGUUGAGUAUAGUAGUUUUUCGAGGCAGCUUCAAAGUUUAGCCUUUGUCUUUAGCUUUUCCAUUGGAUGUAUUUUAUACCAACAAUGUUCUGUGAGGAUUGUAAAAUCUCAAAUUCUUUGAAAAAAAGCUGCUUCUACAAUUUGCAGGGUGUUCAAUUAUUUUCUGUUGUGGCUUCGCGUCCUGCACCGUGGCCCUGGUGAAACGUGCCAAUUCAGAGUGUGAAUGUGCAGAAAACAAUUUUCAAAAUAUUUUAUUGUUACAUUUUUGAAUUUUAUCGAUCGAUAGGCAAAUAGAAUUUCCCUGCUUUACUUUUCAUGACCAUUCUUCUAUCCUCUGAUAUAUUUAUCUUGUGUACUUUCUUGACUGGAGGCUCUGUACAUGGUGUUUACUUGCUACGGCAGGCUUUUUUUCCUGAUGUGAUUUCAAAAUAAAGAUGCUGGGUUCAGUUA